GACGGCGAGUUAUUUUUCUUUGGGCUUUUUGGUUACAAAACGAUCAUAUUGGGCUCAGUAUCGAUGGAGUGAUACGGAACCCACAAGCCCAAAUUUCUUCCAUUUUGGGCUAGUAGGAGAUCAACCCGAAUCCAAUUGAUUUUGGCCCUAGUUUCAAAUUUCGCACACCUUUUUUUCUUCGGCCAACGAUCACUCUCCCUCCUGCGUUUCUCACUCUCUUUGUUCCUUGAGAUCAAGUUAUUAGUCUGCUAAAAUCCCAGAUUCUUUGACUGUGUGUUCCUCACGUUCUAAAGGUUUUAGAACUCAGGAUCUUCUCAUCGUUUAAAGUUGAUGUAGGAAAAGAAAGCAAGCUGAUCCAGUUCAUUAUACUGUUUCUCAAAUGGAUCCAGAAGCUGCACGCACCGCACUGGAUUCACUGGAUCUGGUAUUUCAUAUGUCAAACAUUCUUGACACUGGGCUUGAUCGUCACACUUUAUCCGUUCUGAUUGCACUUUCUGAACUGGGUUUCAAUCCUGAGGCCUUGGCCGCUGUAGUUAAGGAGCUUCGCAGAGAAACACCGGCUUCUUCUUCUGUCCAAUCAACUGCUCCAUCUGCACCUUAGGCAGAUUAAUUUUAAAUCCCAUUUGAUUGCUGAAAUUUGAUGGAACAAUCUCAGGAGGAGCUCUUUCUUAACCCUUUUGAUCUUCCCUGUUGAUUGAUGUGUAAGUGGGUUGUUCUCUUAUCCUACUUUGGCAUCAAACACAAGGUGUUUUUUUUGAGUUUUGAGGCUUAUUUGGAGUGAGCCUUCUGGUUAUCCUUUAUUAUGCAAGCUUUCUCCGUUUAUUUGAAAUGUCAACUGGCUGAUAUGUGUGCUUUUAUUGACUUCUCUUUGAAAGAUCAUAUCUUAUUUUGCUAAUACGGGAUAAAUAUAGAAAAGUACGAUCCAAAUGUUGCCUAUUUUAUCAUCUUCUACUUUGUUGAGUGUUGUAGUA